AUGUCUGAAAGAAAAGUUUUAAAUAAAUACUAUCCACCAACAUUUGACCCGUCUAAAAUCCCUAAGGUUAAGGGGCCGAAGAAUAGAACAUUUUCCAUUCGUGUCAUGGCACCCUUCAAUAUGAGAUGUAAUACAUGCGGUGUGUAUAUCUAUAAAGGUAAAAAAUUCAACUCCCGUAAAGAAAAUGUGGAUGAUGAGUUUUACUAUGGUCUUCGUAUCUUCAGGUUUUAUAUUAAAUGUCCAUGUUGUGUGGCUGAAAUAGCUUUCAAGACUAAUUUAAAAGAUACAGACUAUACUCUAGAAGCAGGUGCUACCAGAUUAUUUGAGGCAGAAAAACUGGCUAAGAAAAUGGCAGAAGAAGAACAGAAAGCAAAGGAAGAGGAAGAUUUGAAUCCCAUGAAGGUAUUAGAGAACAGAACUAAAGCCAGUAGAAAUGAAAUAGAACAGUUAGAUACACUGGAAGAACUACGAGAACUUAAUACACGGAAUGCAGCCGUAGACCAUCAACAUAUGAUACAACUACAUUCAGCAUUUGAAGAAAAUCUCAAACGUUUACAAGAUGAAGAAGAUGAACAAAUGGUUCAAUCGUUAUUUGGUUCGAAGGAUGGUAUGAGUGUGAAGAGACUGGUAGAUUCUGACAGUGAUGACGGCAAUGACACAGAGAUUGUAACAUCGUUAGACAGCAAUAAACGAUUAAAAACUGAUAAACCAACAGAUAUAUUAUCAGAGGUGGAAAAAGAACCCAAAAAAUUGGAAUCUUGGCAAAAAAGUGUGGGUACGUUAUCUGGUGUUGGAAAAUCCAAGAAAAGUUUAGCAGGACUGAUAGUCAAGAAGAAA